AUGGCUGGAGUAGAAGGACAAAAUGAGAAUGAUGUGAGUGAUAGUAUGAGAAUAAUGUUAGCCAUUCAAGAUAUGGCAUCUGCUAUUCGUGAGACAAAUCAACAAAACCACGAACCCCAUCAGGAAACUCAAGAUGAUCAAAUAAUGAGGAUUCAAGGAGAAUUUCGUAAGACACGACCACCUGUGUUCAAGGGUGAUCCAAACCCUAUGGCAGCAGAAGAAUGGUUAAGACAAAUAAAGAGAAAGAUGAAUGAACAAAGAGUUCCUGGAAACUUGAAAGUGACCAUUGCUUCUACCUAUUUGGAAGGACAAGCUUAUCAUUGGUGGGAAUCUGUCUUGGCUAUGCCUGAUGUUGAGGUUGCAACUUGGGUUGCCUUUGAGACAAUGUUUCUGGAGAAAUAUUUUCCUGAAACUAUGAAAACCAUGAAGGUACGUGAGUUCACUAAUCUGUAUCAAGGUGGUAUGACUGUAGGACAAUAUCAAGCUAAGUUCGAAGAACUCAUGCGUUUUGCUCCUUACAUAAUUCCUGAUGAAUCUGCAAAAGCAAAGAAAUUUGAAGAAGGAUUGAGACUAGAGGUCAAGGAGAAAGUGGAACUUUUUAAAUUGAAAAAGUAUACUGAAGUUGUUGAUCGUGCCUUAAUGGCCGAACAAAGGAUACCUAGUUCUAAAAGAAUAGGACAUUACCGGAGGGAUUGUCCCCAGCUACAAUCAUAUCAGAUACCUGUUGCACCACAACCACAAUCACAGUUUCGUGCACCACAACAACAAUUUCAAGCUCCACAAACACAGUACCGUGCUCCGUACCAAGCCCCAUAUCAAGAUUCACUGAAUCAGUUUAGAGGUCCUGUUAAUCAACAGACACAACGUCCAAGGGGACAACCUACACAACAAAGGCCUAGGGCACCAGGAACAACAAGGAGGUCAGAACAACUCACUCAAGGACGAGUAUAUGUUGUUGGACAAGUGACAGAGCCGAAUGAACCUACGGUGGUGGAAGGUACAUUUCUAGUUUUUAACUCAUGGGCUAGAAUAUUGUUUGACCCCGGUGCUACAAAUUCAUUCAUAUCCGUAUCGUUUGCAUCUAUUCUUGGAAUAGAAUAUGAAUUUAUGAAAUCCUCGUUGAUGAUUGGAUCUCCAUUGGGUAAAUGUGUUGAAGUUAAUAAGUUGUGUAAAUCUUGCCCAAUAGAGAUAUCAUAUCAUAAACUUGUUGUUGACCUGAUGAUAUUGGAAUUCAUGGUGUAUGAUGUAAUAUUGGGAAUGGACUUACUUACCCAAUUUAAAGCUAUUCUUGAUUGCGGUAGAAAGAUGGUGACUAUGACUGUCAAUGAAGGGGAAACAUUCAGUUUUUAUGGAAAUAAGAAUAGUUGCAAGCCUGAAUCAAUCUUGGAUAAUAGAAAUUGCAAUUAUUUGAGGUUGAUAGCUCACAUGGCCAAUAAGGAUUUGGGUGAUCCGAAACUUGAGCUUAUUCCCAUAGUAAAGAAUUUCAGUUAUAUUUUCCCAGAAGAUUUAUCUGGAUUACCCCCAGAACGUGAAGUGGAGUUUCCUAUAGAUAUCUAUCCUGGCACAUCACCUAUCUCUAUACCUCCACAUCGAAUGGCACCAGCAGAGUUGAAAGAACUCAAAAUACAACUUCAAGAACUUGAAAGAAAAGGUUUCAUUCGUCCUAGUACGUCACCAUGGGGUUUUCCUGCACUUUUUGUGAAGAAAAGUGAUCAAAGUCUGAGAAUGUGUAUUGACUACCGUCAACUGAAUAGAGUCACCAUAAAGAAUAAGUACCCUUUACCUAGGAUUGAUGACCUGUUUGAUCAAUUGCAAGGUUCCCGAUACUUCUCAAAGAUUGAUCUUCGCUCUGGUUAUCACCAAUUACGAGUAAAAGUAGAAGAUGUAUCGAAAACUGCAUUUCGAACGCGAUAUGGACAUUAUGAAUUCCUAGUAAUGCCUUUUGGGUUGACAAAUACUCCGGCAGUUUUCAUGGAUUUAGUGAAUCAAGUUUUUCGACCUUAUCUGGAUCAAUUUGUGAUUGUAUUCAUUGAUGAUAUUCUCAUUUAUUAUCAUCUCAAGAAGAGCAUGAACAACUCUUGUCAAUUGUUCUACAGGCAUUGA